AUGGGUGGUGGUAGUAACUGGCCAUCACCACGGCAACUCAAGAUCAGCCCAACAACUGACAAAAACACCUACUCCGGCAACCCCAUCAUCCCAGGCUGGUACGCCGACCCCGACGGCCACAUCUUCGAAAACCAAUACUGGAUCUUCCCCUCUCUAUCCCUCGACUACGGCCAACAAACGUACUUUGACUGCUUCUCUUCCCCGGACUUGAUUCAAUGGACCAAACACGAACGCAUCCUCGACUUUGCAGAUAUCCCCUGGUCCACGAAUCGAGCCGCCUGGGCGCCGACAGCCGCAUACAAAAACGGUGAUUAUUACAUGUAUUUCUCUGCCGGUGACGGGGCGGGGAUUGGAGUCGCGAAGUCGACGACUGGGCAGCCGCAGGGACCGUAUAAGGAUGUACUAGGUAAACCGUUAAUUGCGGAUGUCUUGUUUGGUGGACAACCGAUUGAUCCCGCCGUCUUUAUCGAUGAUGAUGGACGUGCAUAUCUUCUCUGGGGUGGUUGGUCGCAUGGUCUUGGGGCGGAGUUGAAUGAUGACAUGAUCUCAUUCAAAUCUGAGGUUGUUGAACUCACGCCGCCGAAUUAUGUCGAAGCGCCGUACAUGAUCAAACGAGAGGGGGUGUAUUACUAUAUGUACAGCGUAGGAGGAUGGGGCGACAACUCCUACGGCGUCGAAUACGUAACAUCCACAACCUCCCCACUGGGCCCAUUCACGAAAACACCCUCUCACAUUCUUUCCCCCGACCAUGAAGUUGCGCAGGGUACCGGUAGUAAUGGUGUACUGCACAUUCCGGGUACGGAUGAAUGGUACAUUGUGUAUCAUCGUCGACCACUUGGUGAUUAUGCUGCUAAUCAUCGAUAUGUUUGUAUUGAUCGGAUGGAGUUUGAUGAUCAUGGCAAUGGCAAGGCGGUGAUAAAGCCGGUUGAGAUUACGACCGAGGGUGUGAUGGCUCAUCCUUUGCAAGAGUCGUGUUGA